AUGGCCUCGACGGAAAUCGCCGAUUCUUCACUAGCUCCGGGAGAUGAGAUAUCCACUGAAACCCCCAAUCAAUUCCGAUUGGGGUCCACCAGUCCCCCUCGACCAACGAAGUCUGAACUGCAACGGACUCCAUCCCCAGAGCCCCGAUCUGGCGAAAAUCGACUUCGUCCAGCAGGAGACAUCAUCAACCGCAUAACGUGGGACUCCAACUUUGAUCGCAAUGACUAUAUCAUCGGGUUCGUCGAUCGGUUCGAAGGACAACUCGAAGUGAGUAUGGAUAGCUGGAAGAAGGAAUCUACCGAUGAGGAAUUCAUCCCACAACAUCGUGUACUUUACAUUCGACAUGUGAAUGGUGACAUUGUGUGGGAUAGAAGGCGGCGCAUCGACAAGAUCUUCAACAGCGGCAAUUCAGCGUUUAGCGAGUUGGCAUUUCUGCAGUGA